AUGGCAAAGCAAUUCCGAAACCGGGAAGAAGCGUGGGGCCAACUCCUGGAUGGCAUAGGCACGCUGGCGAAGGCCGUAGGAGCUACAUUGGGCCCGAGCGGACGCAAUGUUAUGCUGGACAAAGAGUUUGGACCGCCGCAGAUAUGCAGCGACGGCGUUACGAUCGCCAAGGAGAUCGAGCUUGAAGAACCGUUCGAGAAUAUGGGGGCCCAGCUCGUAAAAGUGGCGGCAAGCAGGACCAACGAUGUAGUCGGCGAUGGGACUACCACAUCAACCAUACUUGCACAGAGCAUUAUUCAACAGGGUUUCAAGAAUAUGGCAGCCGGCGCGAAUCCGAUGGCGCUGAAGAAGGGCAUCGAACUUGCAGUCGAUGCCAUGAAGGACGAGAUUAUCGCUAUGUCAGUCCCUGUUGCGGGGCGCGAACAGGUAGCGCAGAUUGCUGUACUCGCCGCUCACGAGGACGAAAUGGGCAAUCUGAUAGCCGACGUUUUGGAAAAGGUUGGCGCGCAGGGCACCAUCACCGUUGAGGAGUCCAGAACUCUUGUUUAUGAGACGGAAUAUGUUGAAGGGAUGGAAAUCGACCGUGGCUACCUCUCGCCCUACUUCGUGACCGAUCAAGGGAAGAUGGUUACGGAGAUUGAUGACCCAUACAUCCUUCUGACAUCCGAGAAGAUUUCAUCGAUUUCAGACGUCCUCCCCUUGCUUGAGCAGCUAAACGCAGUGAGCCGAAACAUAGUCAUCAUCGCAGAAGAUGUCGAAGGCGAAGCGCUAGCAACAUUGGUUGUUAACAAGUUGCGAGGCAAUCUUAAUGUUCUUGCGGUAAAGGCGCCGGGCUUCGGCGAGCGCCGCAAGGCAAUCCUCGAUGAUAUGGCAGUUCUAUUCGGUGCCAAUGUCAUCAGUACCGACAUCGGUCGCAAUCUCGACUCAGCCACUUUGGAAGACCUAGGUCGUUGUCGCAGGGUGAUUGCCACUAAAGAUGACACCGCAUUCGUUGAGGGUAACGGCAACCCACAGGACAUCGAAGCUCGCAUACACCAGAUUCGCCAGCAGGCGGAGGAUACGGCAUCCGACUAUGACCGCGAGAAGCUGGAAGAGCGCGCUGCCAAGUUGUCUGGCGGUGUCGCUAUUUUGAAAGUUGGUGCGGCGACCGAGAUCGAGCUUCGCGAAAAACGAGACCGGCUCGAGGACGCACUCGCAGCGACGCGGGCCGCCAUGGAAGAGGGAAUUGUGCCCGGCGGCGGUACGACUCUCCUGCGCGCCGCACAGGCGACACGGGCGGCGAUUGAAUGCUCCGGCGACGUACUCACAGGCGCCGAAAUAACAUUCUCCGCCGCAGAUGCUCCUCUCACGUUGAUUUCAGACAAUGCGGGCUACAGCGGAGUUGUCGUACUGGACGCCGUCCGCAGCGGAGAAGGAGACUAUGGAUUCGACGCCGAAAAAGGCGAAUUCGGCAGCAUGUUUGACAUGGGCAUAGUCGAUCCUACUAAGGUCGUCAGGUCUGCGCUCGAGAAUGCAGCAAGCGUAGCUGGCAUGAUUCUCACAAGCGAAUCGCUUAUCACAGAGCUGAAUCCGCCAAAGCUCCCCGCUCCUUACGACGAUUAG